AUGAAAAUCGAAAAUCCACCAGACGGCAUUUAUUAUGUGGCGCCUACAGCAUUUAUUAGACGUAACAUUGAAGUUGUUGAUUCUGUUGGAAGACAGCAUGAAUGUCUGGUUAAAAUUGAAGGAUAUGAGGAGAAGUAUGUUUGGGAUGAUUAUGAUAAUGGAUAUAAUACAGGAAAUAUUUUUGACGAACGUGCAUAUUAUAUUGACGCAUAUUCUCUGGAUCCACAUGAUUUUUAUUAG